AUGUUCGCUCCACUUCUUGUUGUUUACACACUCCCAUGCUCUGGCUCGGUUCCUCGCGAUGAUGUCCGCCAGAGACUCUUCGCCUCAUCUCCCACGGCGGGGGAAACAUGCGCGGCGCAACGAGCUUUUUCGUACCUACCACCCCAUAAUGGCUCGUCCGAAAAAGCUUCAUCAUCAGAUAUCCUAACCAAUCUUGCUCAGCUGACUGCACUGCAAGUGGGUGCCGAUCGUGUCGUUAUCUCUCUAUGCGACCGCAAGGCCCAGUAUGUCUUGGCCGAGACGCCAUCAAUCACUCGCAACAAGCGCGAUUGGCAUCGUGACAAUGCCGCGCCGUGUCAUCACGCUUUACAUGCAUUCAUCGAAGACAACAGAGAUUGGUUUUUGGUUACAGACCUUGCGCCGGAUCCGCGAUUUGAUGCCUACUGGUCAACACUCUCCCGGAAUCGCUCCUAUUUUGCAGUCCCGGUCCGCACUCCAGCUCGCGUCGUCAUUGGGAUUAUCGAGUUAUAUGGGAGCGCCAAAGGCAAUGAAGUAGAUGACAAACAGCUUCGGCUUCUCCAAGGUCGGGCGGGUACUACGCUGGAGCAUCUGGCUACAUUGCGGACAAUGCGUGAAGAGCAUCGAGGAGAGAGAAUGAUCAAGGCGUUAGGCGCCUUUAUGGGAGGGAAAUCGGAUAUCGAAGAAUGGUUGGCCUCCAGCCAUCCUGGGCGGCAACCUCCCGUCUUUGAAUCGUCUAGAUCACUUGACCCUGUGACUUCCAUCCAUUUUGCCAACAGUCAGAAGAUGCUGGAUAUACCUCCGUCCCAUAUUCCACAAACCGAACUGGGCAUCCCAUUACGCGGUUGUCAAAAUUCCUAUCGCUCCCGAUCGCCCCCACGCAGAGCACGGAGAGAGUCUCUGACUUCUGAAGACACAUAUUCAGUUCUUCACAGGGCAUCGACUUUGAUUCGACAGGCCCUGGAUGUGGAUGGCGUUGCAUUUUUGGAUAUCAGUGCGUUCAAUAAGGAGCGUCAUGGUCUCUCAUUCAAAGCGUCGAGCAAUUCACGGUCCCGAUCCCCGGAUAUAGUCGAGGACGAACAUUCGGCGGGCCAUGUGUUGGGGUGUUCUACAGUUCAGGGUGAGAAUCAGGAUAUAAACGUUUCGAUAUCACUUUUGGGAACUUUAGUCCAACGGUAUGGAAGAGGUGGUAUCUUUCAUCUUGAUGAGGACACGUUUUCACCUUUGAGCGACGAGUAUUCGUCGGACAUCGACGGGUCCUGCUCGUCGCUAGAAGAUAUGGCGUCGAGUUACUAUGGCAUUGACAUGCGUCAGAUCGCUCGAACAUUCUCCGAGGCGACCAGUAUUGCAUUUUUUCCUCUUUGGGAUUUUCAGCAAAAUAAGUGGUUUGCGGGUUGUUUUGCCUGGACAAAAGACUCUAAGCGUCUCUUCGCUGAGUCCACAGAUCUAACGUAUCUUGCAGCGUUCAAUAACAGCGUCAUGGCAGAAGUUUCCCGCCUCGAUCUGCGAGCUGCGGAUCGCGAGAAGGCUGAUUUUAUCUCGUCAGUGUCACAUGAGUGGCGAUCUCCCCUACAUGGAAUACUCACUAUGCUUGAUCUUCUUCAAGAGACCAAGUUGUCGAAUGUCCAGCAGUCCUUGAUUGACAUAACCAUGAACUGUGGCAAAACUCUCCUUGAUACGGUCAAUCAUGUAUUAGAUUAUGCCAAAAUAAAUAGCCUUCUUGGAUCAACGACGCUCAAUCGGUCGCUAGAUAAUGCUGAAACACCUCAAGCAUCCCAGUUUAAUGCUCCUGCUCUAAUCGAUCAGGUGAAUAUGGCUACCUUGGUCGAAGAGGUAGCUGGAGCGCUUCUCGCCAGUCAAGAUUAUAUGGGACGUAAUGCGGAGGCCCUUUUCUCUCCCACAAAACAAACGGCCGACCGGCCAUUUCGCGAGUCAAAAAUACCCAAUUCCGUUCCUAGGGCGAUUUUUGCGAUCGUGGAUAUUGAAUGUCGAGAAGGCUGGGAAUGCCGUGCCUCUGCUGGUGCCUGGCGGCGGAUUGUGCUGAAUCUCCUUGGCAACGCCCUGAAGUUCACGCCAUCAGGGUUUGUUCAGGUAAAGCUUCGACAUGACACGGUGAAGGUUGGACACGAGAGCCUGCCGGCUAUUCUCCUCCAAAUAAGCGAUUCGGGACGGGGAAUCUCACCCGACUUUUCCUUCUCAAACCUCUACACGCCAUUUCAACAGGAAGAUUCUCUCUCGCCAGGCAUUGGUGUUGGACUCAAUGUAGUCUAUCGUAUCGUACAUUCGAUGGGUGGCCUGAUAGACCUAACGAGUGAACCUAAUCGAGGAACGGUGGUCAGCGUCCUUCUACCUAUAACCCCAACCUCGCGACCGUCAUCACCCUCCAUUCCGUAUCGGGAACUACGUGAGAAAUUGCGAGGGAAAACAAUCUCCCUGUUCCCCAAUAGCUCAAAAUAUGGAGACCUGAAGAUAGCCCCAGAGAUCUUUCGUACAAUGUUGCUCAGCAUGGAAAGGAUGAUCACCCAAUGGUUUGGGGUGCGUGUUCUUACGCCUAGGGAGCGGGACCACGAACAUCCGGACAUUUUCAUAAUUACUGAGCAUGAAUACCGCCAUGGCGAAGCUAAAGAAAGCGCAGCCACUUAUUCUAGGAAGUCGAAAGCCCGGAAAAAUCCAAAAACGUCGUUUCCCAAGAUUGUGCUCUGCACGCAUGCCCAUAGUUGGUUCAAUGAGCGCCGGGACCCCCAGGAGCCAGUGGUGUUUCUUCAGCAACCGAUUUCCCCUAAGACUUUAGCUUCUGCUUUCACCAGCUGUAUUGAACAAAGGAUUCAGUUGCGUGAUGCAGGUAUUGACACAGUGCAUGAAGCAAACACAGUCACCCUUGAAGAUAUGUGCCAGCGCCAGCUGCAAAUUACCACGUCUAUAUCACGAGAAGAUGAAAAGCAAGAUCAGGAGGAGUCGGAUGAAAAAAACUUGUUUGUCGAUAAACGAGAACCCACAAAUAGCCAGGGCUCCAUAUCGCUCAAUGAGAAGGACCCAACGAAUCAAUGCAAGGUUCUGCUUGUCGAAGACAAUGACUUGAACCUCAAGAUUCUACAAACUACUAUGAAAAAAGCCGGGUUUGCUUAUGAAAGUGCUGUAAACGGGCUUGAAGCAGUACAGAAAGCUGAAAGCGAGACCUUUCGAGCCAUUAUCAUGGAUCUCUCCAUGCCGGUCAUGGAUGGUGUAACCGCCUCGCAGAAAAUACGCGAGUAUGAAAAGAAUAACUCAUUGCGCCCGGUGACAAUCAUCGCGUUGACUGCAGUCGAUACCCCGGCCAUGAAGAGAGAUGCAAUGAGGAGUGGCAGUUCUUUGGAAGCACUAACAUCGUGCAUCAUGGAUGCCUUACCUGUCAAGCUGGACUUCCUGGGUCAGCUACCUGCCCUCAAGCUCUACACACAGAUUUGCCUUUGCUUUCCUUUCGAUGUCUCAUCUCACUACGAGAUAGUCCAGACCCUGCAGAAAGGCCUCGAAACUCUGUCCAUCAACUUCCCGUGGGUAGCAGGUCAGAUAGUCAGUGAAGGCAGCAGCCAUGGCAAUUCUGGCACGUUUAAGAUCAAAGCACUUGGGAAGACUCCGCCACUGGUCGUGAAAGACUUUCGUCAUGAUGCCAACGUACCGACCAUGGAUGACUUGAGACACGCCAAUUUUCCCUUUCGGAUGUUAGACGAGAACAUCAUUGCUCCUCGAAAAACUUUGCCAAGCCCUGAUGAAGAUGCUAUCUCACCAGCCUUUCUUGUCCAAGCUACUUUCAUUCACGGUGGCUUAAUCCUCACUCUGGUUGGCCAUCAUAACACAAUGGACAUGACUGGUCAGGGGCAGGUUAUCCACCUGCUCUCGAAAGCGUGCCGUGGAGACACAUAUACAGAUUUAGAGCUAGAGUCCGGGAACCUGGUGGAAGGUCACCUGGUCCCCCUUCUAGAUGGCUCGUAUGGACCCGGGCCAGAACUCGACCGUCAAAUAAUCAGGCCGGGACCUCAGCAACCAUCUACGCCUCCCCCAAAGUCUACCUGGUCAUAUUUUUCGUUCGACAAAACCUCGCUCGCUAGACUGAAAUUGCUUGCUGAACAGUCGAAGACCUCUGAAUUCAUAUCGACAGAUGAUGCACUAAGCGCCUUCGUUUGGCAAUCGGUGCUUCGCGCCCGCCUGAAGCGGCUCUCACCGUCUCAUAGCACAACGUUUGGUCGUGCUGUUGACGUGCGGAAAUACUUUGGCAUCCCCCCUACAUACGCUGGUCUCAUGCAAAACAUGGUAUACCACACCGAUACAAUGCAAGGCUUACUUGACAAACCUCUAGGCGUCAUUGCCUCACAACUCAGAACGGCAAUAGACCCGCAGACGUCUUCUUUACGAUCUCACACCCGCGCGCUGGCAACAUACAUUGAGCAUGCGUUGGACAAAUCGUGCAUCUCCUUUGGAGCCAGUUUUAAUCCGUCGACAGAUAUUAUGAUUAGCUCGUGGGCAAGUGUGAACUGCUAUGAUUUGGAUUUCGGAUUCGGCCUUGGAACACCAGAGGCUGUGCGAAGACCCCAGUUCACUCCGGUUGAAGGUUUGAUUUAUUUCAUGCCCAAGAGGCCCGAUGGCGAGAUUUCUGUUGCUGUCUCAUUGAGGGAGGAAGAUAUGGCGCGGUUAGCGGCCGAUGAAGAGUUUAAGAAGUUUGGCGAAUACGUUCAUUAG